AUGGUUCUACACAUGGCGACUUUACUGAAGCUUCAUUUACAACUAACAAGACCUAUAGCCGGAUCUUCAUCCAGCAUCCUAUUGAUCCUGAAGCUGUUGGCUGGUUUCAGAUUCUUCAGAGACGAAGCACUUUACCAAUCGAGGUUGUUUCUUUUUCGAUUCGGGCAAAUAGCUUUCAACACGGAACAUCAAGUUUCUAACGUAGCAAGAAUGGAACGAGCUUUAAGGUUAAUCUUUCCGAGACAUGCUGCCGUAGCCGAUUCUGAUUCAACUUCUUCAGAAUCAGAUCGGGAGUUGCAGAAUCAACAGGAGGAAAUGUUUUACUCGCUUUCAAUGAUGGCUCUUUGA